UAUCAGCCGGGGCUGACAGAUAGCCCCCAAAAUAAUCAAACAUUCGGUGCAGGAUGGCUUCGGAGAGUUUAAUAAUAGAAACGUUGGAAGGUUUUGAUGUGGAAGAAGAGUUCGAGUUUGAAGAGACACACCUAAGCGACAACGACCGGAAUACUACGGAUCAAGAUGAACUCGAACAAGGACCACAUACCAAGUGCGGUGAGAUAAUGAUAGGAUUGCAAGGAAGCUUCACUCUGGUGUGUUCACACUGUGAGAGCUGUUACCCGGACUUAUUAGCAUUUGGAGAACAUAUACACGAAAACCAUUUGAAUUCCGUAAAAGACUAUCCUUUGGAAGAUGACAAUGAACUGAUUUCAAAGGAGAAGUCUGACGAGGAAUCACCAGUACCAUUGGAGACUGACGAUGUCGUUUGUAUGGAUGAGACCUAUCGCGACUACGAGGAGGAUAAUAGCAAACCGAUAGCUAAUAUUGAAGAAGUACAAAUAGACCACCCAAUAACCAGGAAGCGCGGGAGGAAAAAAAAGAUAGAGAUAUCUGAACCAGAGGAAACUAAUCCUUUUUGUACAAUAUGCGCUCGAUCUUAUAAAGAUGCUAAAGGAUUCCGUGACCACAUUAUAAAAAUACACGGAGAUAUUACAGAGAAUGUCAUAGUAAAAACGUCCGGGGUAACAACCAAAGGUAUUGCCAUUCCCGUUCCUCAAGAAUUGAUAUGUAAAUAUUGCGAUAAAAUCUUCACCGAUCACAAAGAAUUUCGUGAACACAUCGGCUCUCAUACAGGAGACAACCGUUUUAUAUGUCCUCAUUGUUCAAAAACUUUCCGCACUAAAUAUCACAGGAGGGUGCAUAUGUACACCCAUGAAGGUGUGCGUCCUUUCAAAUGUCCACAUUGUCCAAAAACUUUUUCAGAUCCAACUAAUCUUGGGACUCAUGUACGAAUCCAUCUGAAAAUAUACAAGUACAAAUGCAACUUCUGCAGCAAACCUUUCGUUAAAAGCAGCGAUAAAAGGAUACACGAACGUGUUCACACAAACGAACGACCCUUCCAAUGUGAGGAAUGUGGUAAUCGAUUUAGAUCGCAAGUUAGACUCACCGAGCACAUUCGUCGUCAUAAGAAUAUCAGAAACUACAAAUGUGAGAUUUGCGACAAGGCAUUCCUCACGUCGCAGUUGCUGAAAAAUCACGCUGCCAUGCAUUCGUCGGAUCGUCCUUUCGGCUGUAAUAUUUGCGGGCAAACAUUCACAAGGGAUGCAUCACUGAGACAGCAUAAACUCCUCCAUUCAAAAGUAAAGAAAUAUAUAUGCAAGGCAUGUGGAAAGGAUUUUGCUCAAGCUGCAGGACUUUAUUCUCAUAUGAAAUCACAUGGGGAUGUGGUUAAGGACUAGAGGACUGGAUGGAAGUGAUAACCUUUCUGUGAUUGUGUAGACACUGACUGAUAAGUGCAAAUUUACGCUAUAGUACCAUAAAUGUAUCCUCGACAUAAUUGUUGGAAGAGGGUAUCGAAAUAGGAUUUAAGUUGGCUAAUGAAGUUUUUUAAAAUAUACACUA